AUGCGGCCGCUGGAGGGUUGGUCUUUGGGUCUGAGCCGCAGCACUUCACCAUCCAGUCGGCCACAUGCUUUAGCAUGUAGCGGUUUCCUUCCUCCGGACUGGAUCCAGCAGGAUGUUACAAUGGACUGCAGCCCUGCGUUGCCGGACAGUCUGGUGUUAGAGAUCUUCUUCCGCCUGCCGCAUGACGCCGUGCUGACCGCGGGCCUGACCUGCCGCCAGUGGUUGGCCGUGUCCCGAGAUGAGUUCCUCUGGAGAGAGCUCUUCUACAGCUACUACCGCAUCCCGCGCACCGUGCCCAGGCACCCAGCGGCCGUGUCCUGGUACCGUGAGUUCAAGCGCCUGUUCGACUGUAUCCCGUGUGUGGAGGUGCAGACUCUGAGACAUCACACGGACCAAGUCCUGCAUCUGGCCUUCUCCCACAGAGGACACCGCUUCUCCUCCUGCUCCAAGGACUGCACCGUCAAGUUGUGGGACACAGAGCGCCCGGAUGGAAACAUUUCUCUGGUGCACAGCUGCAGCAUGCGGCAGUUUAACUGGGGCUACACACAGUUCUCUCAGUUCAACGCAGACGACUCUCUGCUGCUGGUGUCAGGAGUGUAUCUGGGGCCGCACCACGCCUCCUCCGGGGAGAUCGCUGUCAUCAGCCUCGAGAACUACACACUGUUGUCGCGCGUCCGGAACAAACCGUACGAUGUGUUCGGCUGUUGGCUCAACGAGUCUCACCUCAUCUCCGGAAACCUGCACUGGAUAGGGAACAUGACCUCCUGCUCCGUCCUGUGGCUCAAUAAAGCUUUCCAGGACAUCGAGUCUGAGAACGUGAACGUGGUGAAGCGUCUGUUUAAGAUCCAGAACAUCAACGCCAGCACCAUCCGCACGGUGAUGGUCGCCCACUGCCGUCGCCACAACAACCCGGACCUCCUGCUGGACUACGACGCUCAGGUGGAAGCGCGCAGGGGGAGGGGCCCCGAGCCGCCGCAUCAGCCGCUGCUCUUCGACCUUGGGGCGUCCGGCAGCGAGGAAGAAGAGGAGGAUGAGUGUGGGAGGGGCUUCUCCUCCUCCAGACACCAGCUGCCCACGUACUCGGGCCUGGAGCACGUGAUGCAGAGUUGUAAAAACAUAAACCAACGUGAGCUGCAAAUAGAGACACACGUGGCAGAGAUGAUGGGCAGGUCUCACACUAAGGAGUCAAACCGCAUUGAAAACGGUGACUCUGGGGAUGAAGACAAAACCUAUCUGCUGUUCACCACCGGAAGUCUGACCUACUCCCCGCACCAGAUCGGUAUAAAACUCAUCAAGCCUGAGCAGAUGUCCACGUCUGGGCCGGUCCUGGGUGAGGAGCGCCGCUCGGAGGAGUUCUUUGACUCUUUGGACCAUGUGAUUGAUAUCCACGGUCACAUUAUUGGACUGGGUCUCUCUCCAGACCACAGAUACCUGUACGUGAACAGCAGGGCGUGGCCCGCGGGCUGCGUCAUCUCAGACCCCAUGGCCCCACCCCCCAUCGCAGAAGAGAUCGACCUUCACGUCAUCGACCUGAAGAACCUGAGAGUGGAGCGGAGGAGUCUGCGCGCUCACCGGGCCUUCACGCCCAACGACGAGUGCUUCUUCAUCUUCCUGGACGUCAGCAGAGACUUCGUUGCCAGCGGCGCCGAGGACAAACACGGUUACAUCUGGGACCGCCACUACAACAUCUGCCUGGCCCGCCUGGCGCACUCGGACGUGGUGAACUCCGUGGCCUUCAGCUCGGCCGACCAGGAGCUGCUUCUGUCCGCCAGCGACGACUCCACCAUCAAAGUGUGGAGGUCCCCCCGCAUGCUGCGCCUGGCUCAGACUCUCCCCCACCGCACCCCCAAGCCCCGCGGCCUGCUCCCCUCCUGGCUCAGCCGCGGCAGGACCUCCACUCCAGGAAGUAAUAUCAACGGGAAGUCUUGA